AGAGGAAAGGAGGGAGACAGACAGACUGCAAGAGCAAGUGGACACAGGGAAGGAACGAAAGAAGGGGGACAGGGCUGGAGAGUUUGGCCUUUUUUUUCUUUUUUUGCUCAGUAGACCUGCACAAGAACCCGGUUCUUAGCGGAGGAGCCUCUGAGCUUCAAGUCCUCAGAGGUGUGAGUUUCUGAGCUCAGGUAGAGAGGAUGGCGGUGCGGAUGUUGAUGGUGUGUGUGCUGGGAAGUCUUCUGUGUCAGGUGUUAAUCUCUGCAGAACUUCAUCACACAGAAGAAGAGCUACAUCCUCUAACGCUUUACCCAUGGAGAAAUCAAGGAAAAGGGAUAGUCAGGGUGAAGAGAGACUGGAUCAUCCCUCCAAUCAGAGUGCUAGAGAACAGCAAGCAGGUUCCUGAAGACCUUGUCCAGAUCAAAUCGGACAAAAUCUUCACUGGCGUGGUGAUCUACAAGUUAGAAGGACCAGGAGUUGACCAGGAGCCCAAGAAUCUGUUUGAGAUUGAUGAUAAAACAGGAAUAAUCAGGAGCAAACGGCCGCUGGACAGAGAGAAAUACAGCAGCUUCACGCUGAAAGCAUUUGCGCUGUCCCCCAGUGGAGAAAGACUGGAGAACCCUACCACCAUAGAGAUCGUGGUACUGGAUCAGAACGACAACAGACCCACCUUCACCAAGAGCCAGUUUGUUGGCUCUGUCUCUGAGUUUUCAGUCCCAGGCACAUCAGUGAUGUCAGUAUCGGCCACUGAUGCAGAUGACCCCAUGACAGAAAACGCUUUUCUAAGCUACUCUAUCAUUGGCCAGGAGAGUUUCCCCUCCAACGCUGUGACCAAGACGAUGUUUGGUAUCAACAACCAGACAGGAGCCAUCUACACGAGAGAUGUGGGCCUGGACCGAGAGGUGGUGAAAAGUUUCAAAUUAAAGCUGCAGAUUGCUGAUAUGGGGGGAAUGGGGCUAACAAGUGAAGGAGUGGCAAUCAUACAUGUUGUGGACAUCAACAACCAUGUUCCACAGUUUCACCCAGAUUCAUACAGUAUGAAAGCCGAGGAGAACAGGUACGACUAUGAGAUUGGCCGGGUGAAUGUGACAGACAGGGAUGACCCUGGAACAGGAAACUGGGCGGUCAAAUAUUCCAUCAUAAACGACCCUGAUGGACACUUUGCCACGAGCACAGAUCCCACCACCAACCAGGGCAUCGUGAGAGUGGUGAAGCCAUUGGAUUUUGAGGCGCAAAGCAAGUACACCCUAAGGCUAACGGUGGAAAAUCUCAAUCCCCUGAGCAGCAAGGCCCCCAACCUCCCAGUGAGCACAGCCAUGGUGGUGGUGACCGUUGAGAACCAGAACGAAGCUCCCUAUUUCAGGGAGGACCCCAUACAAAUAGUGGUUCCUGAGUCUGUGCUUCCCGGGACUUUACUGAAGAGCAAUAUCGCCUAUGACCCAGAUAAUUCCGCCCUGAGGUAUGAGAUUAGCAAAGAUCCUGAGAGGUGGCUGGAUAUCAACCAGGAAACUGGAGACAUCAGUGCUCGGAGAACCUUUAACAUGCGCUCUCCAAAUGUUAAGAACAGCAUCUAUACUGCUGUUGUCAAGGUUACAGAUGCUGAUGGAGUGUCGACCUCGGCCACGAUGCUCAUCACUCUGAAGGAGACUAAUGACUUCCCCCCUCUGCUGGUCCCCCUCAGUGGCUCUGUGUGUAAGGGUGCAACUAGAUCUGGUUCUGGUCUAGUCCUGACCGCAGUGGAUGAAGACCUUCCCCCUCAUGCUGCCCCCUUUACAUUUGAAAUGCCCGAGGAUCUGUCAACCAACUGGACUGUCCUCCAAGUCAACGAUACCCAUGCUGUGCUUCACCCUCUCGUGGAGCUGGAGGCAGGAGAGUACGCAGUCACUGUGUUAGUGUCUGACUCUGGCAGCCCAGUUCUGAGCGCUUAUGCUCAGGUCAACAUCACUGUGUGCUCCUGUGACUCAUUUGGUGAUUGUAAGUCUGAGACGGGGGCUCUCCAGGGCUCCAGUGUUGGGAUCAGCUUCAUGGCGCUCAUUAUCAUCAUGGCCUGCAUUGCUCUUCUACUGAUGCUGCUCCUCCUGGCUGUGGCUGUCACCACCUGUGGGAGACGUCACCACAUUAAGAAAGGAACAGGUCUGCUUGUCGGGGAAUCAGAAGAUGACAUCCGAGAUAAUGUCCUCAAUUAUGACGAGCAAGGAGGGGGAGAGGAGGACGAGAAUGCCUUUAACAUCGACCUGCUGUGGAAUCCUCAUGACGUACCUUCAACACCGGGGUCCUACUACCCCGGUUCAGGUGUUCCUCGAGGGAAACAGCCUCUCAGGAAGGAUGCCCCCCACAACCUGCCCUCACCCACCUACCCAAGGAGGCCUCCCGCAGAUCCCACUGACAUCGAGGACUUUAUUAAUGAUGGCCUGGAGGCUGCAGAUCACGACCCUAAUGUGCCUCCAUACGACACAGCGCUGAUCUAUGACUACGAGGGAGAAGGCUCACUGGCAGGCAGCCUCAGCUCCAUCGCUUCAGGCAGCUCAGAUGGAGACCAGGACUAUGACUACCUCAACAGCUGGGGACCACGCUUCCAGAAACUGGCCAACUUGUAUGACCCACGUUAGGGUGGAGAGAGAAGACCUGUGUGACUCACCAGCAGUUUGGGACUAAGAACAUGCCUCAGGUUGUUUUUCUGGAGUGAAAAAAAAACUUUGCAAACCACAGGCCUCAAAUCCAGCAUGACUAGGGUUUUCUUGAGGAUUAUUUGGACACAGCUCACUACAGUUUCAGGGAAAGUAAAUGGGACAGUAGAAUUGUGCUGGCAUGAUCAGCCAUGAGGAAAGAAGCUGUGCAUGUUAAAGGCAAACAGGAAGUGUGUUGAAAUGAUUUUUCAUGUCUGUUGUUGUUUACCCUCAGACUUGUAUUGCCCAGUAAUGAUGCAUACAAGCCUGAGAUAUCAAAAAAAUCCUUUACAGGUAUUUCUUUUUUAUAUAUUUUAUUAUUUUAUAAGAGGAAUUUUCCUUGAUGUUGAUUGUGAUUUUUUUGUCUUCUUUGAUCAUAUGUCCUCCAUUCCAGUCAGUUUAACAUAUUUGGAAGAUUUCUCAAACAUUACACAUCAAAACACACUGUACUACACUAGAGUCAAUGAGGACUGAAUCAUGUUUUUUAAAGAUGUUCACUGAAUUUUAAUUUGACUGGUGUCUAUGGAAUAAAUGUAAAUCUUCUGAUAAAUGUACUUGAUUUAAGUGCUGUUCAUACAUUUACAGUGCCUAUAAAAAGCAUUCACCCCCUUGGAUGUUUUACCCUUUUAUUGUCUGAAAACAGAUUUCUACAAAGUAACGUCAAUUAGAUAAAAAUAUGCAUGUUAAAAUAAAUGACAGCAUUAAUAUUUACCCCCUUUAAAGUGAAUUACGUAAUUCAACAGAGGUCCUGCCAAUUGGUGCUCGUAGUCUCACCAUUAGUGAAAAUGGGGAUCACCUGAGUGCAGUGAAUGUCUCUCAAGUGAUGAGACCAAAAUGGUGCUUUUCAGCCGUCAGACAAGAUGCUGGACACCAAACACUGCACAUCAGCAUCCCCACUGUGAAGCA